AUGAAUAUGUGGGUAAAGGCGUCCACUGCUUCCAGCCGUCCGUUGAGCCAGGAAGAACGUGCUCGUCGAAGACUUUCACUCAGACGGCUCACCUGCAAGCCUCACACGCGCCACCCGCACGUUCUUGCGUUGAUUCACUAUGGAACUGUCCUUGAUUCCUACGAUGACAAGGCUUCCGACGUACUCGUUCUUUGCCUGGUGCGGAACACACAUGUCAGGGAUGCAGUAGAGAACCGUAUACUCGAUGCAUUUGACAGCGAGGGUGACAUUUUACAAGAGAAGCGCGCAAACGUUGAGUUCGAGCUAUUAGAGCUCGCUCAAAAGGCGCUUCCAUACGUUGAGCGUUUCUAUAUCACAGCAACAAGGGUCGUGAUCCGGACGGAAUCAGAUUCAAAGUUGACGUUUUCCACCAGUGAAGAGGAUGAGCUCGUCUUUCCUCUUUCCAACGUCCCACGUUCGUUAUCCUCGCUUCAUCCGCCUACGGUACAGAUUGCAGACCUUAAGCGGAUCGGCCUGGCUGGCAGAUUCGGGCUAUCCGCAGGUAUUGACAGAGUACACUGGAAGGGACGUGAGGGCGUCUUUGCUUUCAAGCGGACCGGGAGAGACACUGAUGUAACGAGUCAUGAGAUCGGAAUACUUCUACAAUCACCACUCAACGCCGGUGGGAACGGUCGUAUUUUGAAACUCUCAGCCGUUGUAAUUGAUCCGCGCAAUCGUUUGCGCGGGUUUCUUUCACCCUUUGAACCGUAUGGAAGUAUCGAGGAGGUCUUCAGUAACGGACGUCAGUUUCCAGUUUCGCGACCAGAAAGUGGUGAGAUUGGAAGUACUGUCUUUCCUCGCCAACCAGAAUGGAAAGAUAAACUUCGCUGGGCCGCUCAACUCGCCCGCGGUGUUGCGACGCUGCAUGAUGGGAACGUGGCAGCCGGCCCGCUUACUUUACGCAACUUAAACCCGCGAAAUGUUCUCGUUUCUGGUUCUGCAACGUCUUCAAGCUGUCGGGACACUUACCUAGUUUUCGCCGGUCUGCGUGGAGCCGCUUCGCCAACUGGAAUGCGUUACUCAAAGAGAUGGGCUGCCCCUGAACGUUUACGAAGGCCGACGUACGAAAUCGGCACAGCGCUUGACGUGGCAAACCUUGGGAUGGUUCUGUGGGCGCUCGCAGAAGAGAAUUUUGAUGGUUUCCCUGAUAUUUAUAGUACCGCGCGUCGAGAUUCGGCGGCCAGUACUAACUCGUCGCGUGGUGGACCCACCACACAAGGACGCAGUGAUCUUUGGCAGAAGGACAAUCCUGCAACACCUGGAUGGUACAGGCUGCUUAUUGAAAGCUGUGUUGAAGAGGAGCCUGCCCGGCGCCCGAAAGCUGCUGAAGUUGCUGCUGCAUUGGAGAGGCAAUUGCAAUUCCUGGAACGUAAUUCGACGUAG